GUCGUACCUCUCCUUCAGGCUAAUUCUCCUGUUCUCCUGGUGGGUUCCACUAUGAUCGAGGCUUUUUUCGCUCCUGUGCUCCGAAACGUGCGGUUCAUUGAUUUUUGAGCAAAGUACCCUAGUUUUGGAACCAACCUGGCACUGAACGGGAAGUUGCCGCUACCUCCGGAUGCCCACACCACACCUUGUCACCGGUCAGCAUUUGCUGCGUGAUAACUCAGCCUUUGCUCACCUCGUGCAUACAACGAUAGGCUGUGUCAACAGCCAAGGCAGCACGAUUGCUGUGUGGUCCCACUAUUGCCGCCGUGAGGGAGCUUCCUAGCACAAAACACCAUGACUGAGGAGGCCCUCCAGGCCUCUCCGGCAGAUUUCGCCCUCCAGCGAGAAGGUUCGGUCAAGCCGGAAGUGUCUGGACAGCUGAAGGACUCUACAAAUGGUACUGAGGAAUCGGCUAUCACAGCCUCCUACCGGCAGGGGGAGUUGAUAUUUCUGAUGCUACUAUUGGGGUGCUUGGUGGGGUUCAUCGCCUUCGUGUACGAUGGGGCGAUGGAGCUGUCCCUUAAAGUUGUCUGGAAGGUGAUUCCCGGAUACCUUGAGAGAAGAGCAGAACAAACUGAAGACGGCCUGGCCAUCCUCAGCAAGUGGGGCUUCCUCUACACCAUGGCUGCCUCCAUCUUCCUAGCCACGGCUGCGGGAGCGAGCAUCAAGCUCCUGGGUUUUCCCGGCGAUCUCCCGGAUGUCAUCCAUUGCGUCCACAAGCUUGGAUACGUUCCGAUGUGCCAAACACUACCGAUGAUUUGCUGCAGCCUUUUCAGCAUCGCGGCCGGUGGUUCGUUAGGGCCAGAAGCUCCGCUCGUGGCCGUAUCAGCAUCAGUAUCGGGGUACAUAUCAAUGCAAUACUUCAAUCAUGACAUGGUCAUGGUUCGGAAGUGUACCAUUAUCGGCAUGUCUGCGGGACUCAGCGCUUUUUUUGGCGUUCAGCUCGGCGGAGCGUUGUUUGCCCUGGAGGUUCUCCACACCAUGGGGAUGCAGUUCUUUGACGUGGCCGUCUACGCGAUCGGGUCGGGCGGUGUAUGCUUGGCGGUCUACCGUGGCCUCCAGGGAGAUGAGUUUGGCGAGAUUUGGAGCUUUCCCGAUGCGCCGCAAAGCACUGCGACGGAGGUUAUCGGCGGGACCAUUGUCGGCGCGAUCGCGGGCGGCGUGGGGAUCGCAUUCCGAAGCGUGUUCCGAAAAAUAGGCAGGGGGGUGAGCAUCCUCGGCCUUGGCCACUUCGAGGACACCGAGUCGCCCAUCAUUCUGUGCGCGUUGGGUGGGCUGUGCGUGUCUGUGUUGGGCGUUCUGGUGCCACCGUCCAUGUUCUGGGCUGAGUUCGAGAUCGGCUCGAUCGCCGAGCCAGGCAAAGACCUGCCCCACAUCUGGCCCCAGGGAGGCGUUUUCUAUGGUCUCGAGCGAUAUCCGUGGGAGUCGGGCCCAAUGUACUUGCUCGUCGGUCUGACUAAGCUGCUGGCCAUCGCGUUCACCGUGCAAUCAGGCUUCCGGGGGGGCUUCAUCUUCCCGCUCUUCUUCGCUGGGGCUUCGUUCGGCCGCGCCCUCCUGUCGAUUACGGACGACGUCCUGGCUCCUGGUUUGGUGGCUGCAAGCCCGGCCCUCCUGUGCAUGUGCUUUGCGGCGGGCCUCAACGUGGCAGUGACACGGACGCCGUUUGCGUCGCCGCUGAUCCUUGCCAUUCUCUCGGGGCAGCCCAACGUCAUGGCCCCGGCCCUGUGCGCGGCUCUCGCCUCCCUCUUCGUCACGCGGUCAUCCAAAUUCAUCGGGCCACAGAAGGACCGCGCGGAUCUCCAGUUCAUCGGCGACCUCCAGCCGCUCGAGCUACCGCCUCCACGAUCUGCCUCUUCAGCAUUUCAACCGUUUGUCUGCUCUGAGUGUAAGCGUCCCGGUGUUGCGUCUGGCGCUAACGUUAACGGCAGCACGGUCAGGCAGGACGAGAUGGGCUCGUUGACAGGUGUCGGCGCCAGUGCCGGAGGGUACAACGCGCUCUCGCUUCAGAACACAAUUAGCGUCGAGGACCCUCUACCGGAUGAUUCCGUGAAAUCCGAAGGGUCGACGUUCGGAAAGAAAGAGACUACAAUGAGAGAGUCGCACGAGGAAGAGGAGGAGGAGGAGGAGGAGGAGGAGGAGGAGCCCAUCACGGCGUCAUACCGGCAAGGAGAACUGAUCAAGAUGAUGAUCUUGUUCGGGUUCCUGGUGGGACUCAUCGCCUUCUUGUACAAUGGGGCGAUGGAGCUGUCCCUUAGAGUUGUCUGGAAGGUGAUUCCCGGAUACCUUGAGAAAAAAGCAGAACAAACCGAAGACGGCCUGGCCAUCCUCAGCAAGUGGGGCUUCCUCUACACCAUGGCUGCCUCCAUCUUCCUAGCCACGGCUGCGGGAGCGAGUAUCAAGUUCCUGGGUUUUCCCGGCGAUCUCCCGGACGUCAUCCAUUGCGUCCACAAGCUUGGAUACGUUCCGAUGUGCCAAACACCACCGAUGAUUUGCUGCAGCCUUUUCAGUAUUGCGGCCGGUGGCUCGCUGGGGCCAGAAGCUCCCCUCGUGGCCGUGUCGGCGGCAGUAUCGGGGUACAUCUCCAUGUACUUCUUCAGGCAUGACAUAGUGAUGGUUCGGAAGUGCACCAUUAUCGGCAUGUCUGCGGGACUCAGCGCUUUUUUUGGCGUUCAGCUCGGCGGCUCUUUGUUUGCCCUCGAGGUUCUCCACACCAUGGGAACGCAGUUCUUUGACGUGUCCGUCUACGCGGUCGGGUCGGGCGGCGUGUGCUUGGCCGUCUACCGCGCUCUCCAGGGAGAGGAAUUCGGCCAGAUUUGGCCCUUUCCUGAUUCGCCGCUUAGCAGUGCGACGGAGGUUGUCCUCGGGGCGGUUGUCGGGGCGAUGGCGGGUGGCGUUGGAAUCGCAUUCCGAAGCAUGUUCCGCAAAAUAGGCAAAGGGGUAAACAUCCUUGGCCUUGGUCACUUCGAGGACACCAAGUCACCCAUCAUUCUGUGCGCGUUGGGCGGGCUGUGCGUGUCCCUGAUGGGUGUUCUGGUGCCACCGUCCAUGUUCUGGGCUGAGUUCGAGAUCGGCUCGAUCGCCGAGCCAGGCAAAGACCUGCCCCACAUCUGGCCGCAGGGAGGAGUCUUCUAUGGUCUCGAGCGAUAUCCGUGGGAGUCGGGCCCAAUGUACUUGCUCGUCGGUCUGGUCAAACUGCUGGCCAUCGCGUGCACCGUGCAAUCAGGCUUUCGGGGUGGCUUCAUCUUCCCGCUCUUCUUUGCUGGGGCUUCGUUCGGCCGCGCCCUCCUGUCGAUUACGGACGACGUCCUGGCUCCUGGUUGGGUAACUGCGAGCCCCGCCCUCCUGUGCAUGUGCUUUGCGGCGGGCCUCAACGUGGCAGUGACACGGACGCCGUUUGCGUCGCCGCUGAUCCUUGUCGCCCUCUCAGGGCAGCCCAACAUCCUGGCCCCGGCCCUGUGCGCGGCUCUCGCCUCCCUCUUCGUCACGCGGUCAUCCAAAUUCAUCGGACCGCAGAAGGACCGCGCGGAUCUCCAGUUCAUCGGCGACCUCCAGCCGCUCGAGCUACCGCCUCCACGAUCCGCCUCUUCAGCAUCUUCGGUGGGUUUCCAAGAGAAUUUGAUCAGUCACGGGAACGGCCACGGGAACGGUCGGCGGGCGGACCCAGAGGCGGGAAAGCUGUUGACCGAGAGCGGUCCCAUGAGCGAGUACAGUGCGAUCCCGGAGCGCUAUACAGAACAGGACGUCGCUCGUGCGAUAAAGGCAGCACUUCAGACAGACGCUUAGCCUCUAGUGUUCCUCGGUGGGGUUGUAGCGCAGGGAGGCAUGGAUUGAUUUGCAGCAGCAACGGCGAUACAUGCGGUAGGCAAGGACAUGGGGCGCGUGUGAUGAAAAUGAGGAGAAAUUCGAAAAUACACGGCGUUUCGCCCUGGGUACCUCGUUCUUCGGACAAGUGAAAGAUUCGGUACUCUCGGCCCUUCUGCGAGUUUUUUGCCGCAAAUAUGGCCUUCGGUCAGGGUCCUUUCGGAAGAGGUGCUCGUUUGUAUUGGGACCAACAACGAAGUGUGAAGUCACAGCAUCAGAUUGGAGAGGUAUUGCAAGCGUGGCGUCGGCGAGCGUGGCUUUUUCCGAUCUUCUCGCCGUGUCUCAGUACCUUUUUUUCAUAAUGUUUAUGUUCUUUUAGAGAGGAGUCAACUGUGUAUAUCUGUCGCACAGAUACUAUGAGUGGGGUAUCCUUUCUCGUCGCUAUGGUGUUUGCAUUUGUGUUUUGUGUUGUUUUGCUCUGUAUUCUAGAGCAUCUCUCCUCGACACGAAGGCACGUGUGAGCGCGUUUCUCGCGAGUUGAAAUGACACACAACAACAUAGCCAUGUUGCGCACAUUCAGGGAGGGUACAUGGUGUGGAUUCUGUAUUCUGUACUUGUCCCUGGAUGCUAUAGUCCGUCCAUAGCCAUACCACUAUUUGUGGGAUCGCCAAAGAAUGUGAGUUGUCAUUAAUGUCACGCAAAAUAUUCGGCCACAUGCUUGUGUGCAUGCCGUAUGCCCUUCGUCAGAACGAAUAAUAUGCAGGUUACGAGGCUCACGUUGUAAGUGAUCUUGUGUGUUGCUUGGAUUUGUGCGUGGUGGGUGGUUAUGCGUGAAUUGACAUUUGCGCGCUGUUUUCGAGGGUGACAUUUCGCGAAGAGUUGUACUGUAGCGCCAUAGAUCGAUCGGUGUAUCGUGGGAUAGGAUGAUCACACAAAGCAAAAUGUUUUUCAGUUGCCUCCGCUUGAUAUGGGAUGGAUUCAAUCUCUCGUGGAUAUAGUACGAUAGGAUGGAAAGGUUUACCGCGCCAGGAUUUGAUGAGAUGGUUUAUAAGCGAUUCAAAUCUCCUUGCAUGUUGACCAUGGGUUGGUGCGGAAGGUUGUUGUUGUCUUGAUACCAAGAACCGU